AUGCAUUUCUACAUUACCAUUAUCGCUCUCACCGCUCUUGCUGCCAACGUCAGAGCCCUACCACCUCGCAGAGUCACGUCGCGCAAUGCAAUCGGUAACGUCAUGACAGGUACAGGCGGACUAGCACCUGGCGGGUCGAUCAACGGUGCAAGCAAAAACUGCACAGACCCCUUAAGCUUGUCGUUGGGGUUGGGGUGUUUACUAGGUGGUGGCAGUGUCGUAAACAUCGGAUCAAACAACGCCGGAGCAGGAGGGAUAGGAAGUUCAGGUUCAGCAGCCAUCCAAAGGGUUGGGUCAAAAAAAUUUAGAACAUCAAAGUUCAAGAGCAUGAAGGGCGCCCCCACAGGGAACGUGUCCACCGGAAAUGGUGGAUUAGCACCAGGUGGAUCAGUCAACGGUGUCCCCGACGGUCUCAUCAACAUUGGCUCAAAUAAUGCAGGAAAUGGCGGGACGGGAACGAGCGGUGACGUACUGUGA